AUGACCUCUGCCCCCGACACUCCCCCCGCGGACGUGCCUGCCGCCGCCGCCACCACCACCGCCGCCGCCGCCGCCGCUGCCGCGGAUGCUGCCGCUGCCGCCGACUCCGAGGAGAUGGUCGUCAACCCCUGGAAGGUGUCCGGCAAUGUGGACUACGAGAAGCUCGUGCGCGAUUACGGCAGCAAGCACAUUUCGCCGGAGCUGAUCGAGCGCCUGGAGCGCGUGACCGGCCACCGGGCGCACCGGCUCCUCCGUCGCGGGGUCUUCUUCUCCCACCGGGAUCUGGAGGCCCUGCUGGACGCCAAGGAGCGUGGUGAUCCGGUUUUCCUGUACACCGGCCGCGGCCCCAGCUCGGACUCCAUGCACAUUGGCCAUCUUGUGCCCUUUAUCUUCACCAACCACAACAUUGGCCAGUGGAGCUUCCCUGCCAUCCAGGCGGCCCCCUCCUUUGCCUCGUCCUUCCCGGCCAUCUUUGGCCAGGAUGAGGCGGUCUUCCGCCGGGCCUUCUGCCUGAUCCCCUGUGCCAUCGACCAGGACCCGUACUUCCGCAUUACUCGUGAUGUUGCGCCUCGGCUGAAGUACAACAAGCCCUCGCUCCUCCAUGCCAAGUUCAUCCCCGCCCUGCAGGGGUUCAACACCAAGAUGAGUGCCAGCUCCCAGACCUCGGCCAUCUUCCUGACCGACACCCCGAACCAGAUCAAGAACAAGAUCAACAAGUACGCCUUCUCCGGGGGUCGCAUGACGGUCGAGGAGCAUCGCGAGCUUGGCGGCGAUCCCGACGUCGAUGUCGCCUUCAACUACCUCACCUACUUCCUGGAGUCCGACGAGGAGCUGGCCGACAUUGAGAAGAAAUACCGCUCCGGCGAGAUGCUCACUGGCGAGCUGAAGAAGAUUUGCAUCAACGUCCUGACCGAGUUCAUCACCGAGUUCCAGGAGAGCCGCAAGAAGAUCACCGACGAGAUGGUCUCCCACAUUAUGACUCCGCGCAAGCUCGACUACACCUUCACCAUGCCGCCGCCCAAGGCCGAGUCCGGCGACAAGAAGAAGUCCAAGAAGAAGUAG